UUGCAGUUGUCUUCGGGGUUGGACCAGUUGGGUCAGACGAGAGACUCCACAGUGACAAAGAAGAGUGAUUGACGCACCAUGGAGGGUGGGAACGAUGUGGAUCUGUCCAACAGUAACAUCACCCCGCUGUGGAAGCGGCGCUCAGCCAAUCACACUGGCCCCAGCAAGCUAAAGGCCCGGCCCCUCAGCUACCAGAUAGACGGAGUCCACAUGACUGACUUCCCCGUAGAGGACAACAAGUGCAGUUUUACCCUGAGCCAGCCUGCAGAGAGACUGGUGGCUACGCCGGGAGGGGGGAUGGUCAUUCUGAAGCACGUUCUCAACCAACCCACCAGGAAAACACGGGUAGUCAGGAGUAUAAGCAUUGGACAUCUGGCCAAAGGACGUUUCUCUCUGUCCAAGUUCAAAUCGGAGGAUGAUACGUCUCUGUCAUUGAACAGUAAGGCAUGCCACGGUGGGAGUGUUGAUCAUGUGUGGUCGGACAAGCCGCUGCUGGACACCCAGAAUCGACUAUCCAGCCCGUUCACUCUCACCGCUCACAGGGACCAGAUAGUGUUUGGGACGAGCCCUUCACCGCCGGACUCUGCCUCCCCCAAUAACAACCACCACCAUAACCAGUCCUCCCCUUCUUCCUACCACCCCUUAACUCCUGUCCCCUCUCCCCCUAACCCCAGCCCCUCUCCCCCUAGUCUCCACACCCCUACCCCAUCCCACAGCUCCACCUCCAGUAUCAACUCCCUCUCUUCCCUCAUCUCCACCCCUUCUGACCUCCCCACACCUCACAGCCCCUCCUCUGCUGACAUGUCUGCCCCCUCUCCUUCCCCCUCUCAUUCCCCCACUCCCAGCCUCUCUCCCUCCAUCUCCCUAUCUCCUCCUCCCUCCAUUGUCCUCAGCACCCACAGUGCAGCUGCCCUGAAGAUGGGCACACAGCAGCUGAUCCCCAAAGGGCUGGCAUCCCUGAGCAAGGCCUCUCCUGCUGGGGUACAGAGCCAGGGCCUGGGGGGUCUGCUGGGCCUGGAUCCUACCAAGCGGGCCCUGCGAGCCCUUAGCAUGGUGGAGACUGGAUCCUUCUUCUCCACUGGUGUAGGGUCCGGGGGAGGAGGGACAGACCAGGAUGAGAGCCCUGGGACUCUGAAGAGAGGGUUGAGGUCUACCUCGUACAGGAGAGCAGUGGUGAGUGGAGUGGAAAUGGAAAUACCAUCUAAUGACCUCAAGUCCCAUCGUUUGUCCCAACCUGUACUCAAAGGACUACAGGAGGUCAAGGAGAGACCUACCAGCCCUGGGAAGAAGAACAAGAGUCCUGAUAAGAAGCCAGGACUGAUCACACAGAGGACAUUUGACAGUGAAGAGGAGGAACUGUAUCAGAACUACCAGGAGAAAGCUCUUCACAAUGAUUCUGAUGAGGACCAGUCCAGAGAGCCCAAACCUGACGACCGCAUCGUGAUGCAGUACAGACCCAUACGCACCUCCUGGAGCCAACUCAGUGUGGUAAAGAAGAGUGGAGUUUCUGAUAAGCUCAGCCAGGAGGAGCGGAAAAGACAAGAGGCCAUAUUUGAGUUGAUAUCGUCAGAACACUCCUACCUCCACAGUCUGGAGGUUCUGAUCCGGAUGUUUCAGAACUCAGCGGAGCUCAGUGACGCCAUGACCAAGACCGAGCACCACCACCUCUUCUCCAACAUCACAGACGUGUGUGAGGCCAGCAAGAAGUUCUUUAAAGAGUUAGAGGAUAUACACCAGCAGAAUGUUGUUAUAGAUGACAUCAGUGAUAUAGUGUUCAGACACGCCCAGUCCAACUUUGACCCCUACAUCACCUACUGCUCCAAUGAGGUUUAUCAGCAGAGGACCUUACAGAGGCUAGUGUGA